GAAUUGAAUUCUCACUUUAGUUUAUCUCUCUCUCUUCAUCUCUCUCUUGAUUCUUUGUCUCUGUUUAAUUGCUUUUUUCCUGUUUAACUUUAAAUUAAUUUCUCCUUGUGAAUACAUCAUCAUAACCAUCAUAAUUUAAUUUAAUCCAAUUAGACACCAACAAUUUAGAGAGAGAGAGAGAAACAAAAAUCUUUAUCUGAUUCUCUGUAGUUCAUUUUAGGUUUCGUUCUGAUUAUUUACCUUUCGAUAUUUUUUUCUUUCUAUUUUAAACUAAUUGUCAGAUUCUAUUACUUAAUCAAUCAGUUAUUUAAUUUUUCCAAUAUAAAAGAGCUUAAUCACUUUAUAUUAACCUUCUAAUUGUGACAAUCUAUUCUCUCUCUCUACUCUUGACCAACACCUUUUAGUUCACUGGACAUCAUACACAAAGGAAACUCUCUGAAGGAGGGAAUUUGUUUUUCUCUUUGCUUUUCUCCAUCUUCUUGUUAUUAUUAUUGUCUCUUUUUCCUUAUCCUUGAUAACCAUAGUUCCUCAUGAUGUGGUGUACAAUUAGAUCACAAUCAUCAUUGUUUUGUGUCGUUAUUAUUAAUUUAAUCGUCAAUUGUUGGUGUAAAUCACCAGAAACCAGAAGAUUAGGUGGACCAGUAAAUACGGUUGGUCUGAAUGGGCUUUGGCCUUCACGUGGACCUGGACUACACUAUGACCUCGUACCAUCAGCUGAUCUUAGACCCAUAGUUUUGAUUCCUGGUGAUGGAGGAAGUCAAUUGGAUGCAAAGAUUGAUAAACCUGAGGUGGUUCAUUAUUUUUGCCAGAAAAAGAGUUCAGAUUAUUUUAAUCUCUGGUUAAAUCUUGCUGAUUUGGUUCCUUUCGUGGUUGAUUGUUGGGUUGACAAUAUGAGGCUAGUUUACGACAAUGUAACUCGUAAGACCUCAAACCCACCGGGUGUUGUAACUCGAGUCCCUGGUUUCGGUAAUACCACAACGGUUGAAUAUGUUGAUCCGAGUCAAGUGUCAGUUUCCGGUUAUUUCAACCAGUUGGCCAAAGUCAUGGUGGAAAUGGGAUAUUCCCGGGGAUCAAAUAUUCUUGGUGCUCCAUAUGAUUUCAGAAAAGCUCCAAAUGAGAUGGAUGAAUACUACAAGAAUUUUAAAGAUAUGAUCGAAUCAACUUACAAGAAAACUGGUCAGAGGUUGGUUCUAAUCUGUCAUUCGAUGGGAUGUCCAGUUACUUUGUACUUUCUCAACAAUCAAAGUCAAGAUUGGAAAGAUCUUCAUAUUGGAAGUCUAAUCAGUUUGGCCGGUGCUUGGGGUGGGGCAAUUAAGGCUUUAAAAGCAUUUACCUCAGGUGACAAUUUAGGGGUAAUCGUGAUCCCCGCUCUCAAAGUUCGUAAAGAUGAGCAAACUUUUCCCAGUUUAGCUUUUCUCAUGCCUUCCGAUAAAUUCUGGUCCCCAGAUGAAGUUAUCAUGACAACAAGUGAAAUGAAUGUAACUACAUCCAAUUAUGAGCAAUUUUUCAAUCUAAUCAACAAUCCAAUUGGAUUUGAGAUGUGGAAAGAUGUUCACAAUUUAAUUUACGAUUUAACCCCUCCUGGUGUUGAAGUUCAUUGUCUCCAUGGAACUGGUAUUGACACCAUGGAGUUUCUUGACUAUCGAAAUGUUAAAUUUCCCGAUCAUCAGCCAAAAAUUACAUUCGGAAACGGAGACGGAACCGUGAAUGAAAAAAGCCUAAAGGGUUGCCUUCGCUGGGAAGGUCAACAAAAACAGCGAGUAUUUUAUAAACAGUUCAACAAAAUUGAUCAUAUGUCCAUCCUUUCAGAUCCAUUGGUCAUUCAAUACAUAAGAUCAGUUGUAAACAGAGAAGCUAAUUAACAAUAAUCAACGACCUGUUCCUAAAUAUAUAUAAAAAUCACCACUCUCAUUAUUGGUUAACAAUACAAUUACAGAUCAACCGCAACAAUAUCUCAAAAUUUGUCAAAUUUAGUCACCUAACAAUUAAGUUAAUUUAGUAAUCAAUUUUUAGUAAACACUAUUUUUAUGUAAACAUUUACCUUUGUUGUCCAACCUUUUUUAACCAUUGUUACAAUUGAACAAUUAAAUCCUUUGUUAAUUAUUUUAA